UCGGUUGACAACUUUCAACUGCUAGCCCAUCAAACUCUUUUCUAAGCUUUGAUAGGUGAUGAUUGGCCGCCGUAUCCUGUUUGUGCUCCUCCUAUUUCUGGUAUUUGUCCCAAUGCAAGCGAGCGACGACGAUGGCUUAGUGGAAGUUGAUUUGGGGCACAAUGAUAAUGAUAGAACAAAGAUAGGAGGUGAGGGAACAGAAACCGAUGGUCAAGCUCAAGGAGUAGAGAAGGAAUCAAAGUCCAAGAAAUUCAGUAGACAACAAGAUACUAUCCUUGUUGUAGCAAUAGCAUCUGCCAUGUUAUUUGUAUGAUGUAGAUCAAAAUUGUUGCAAAACGCUUUCUUCUAGCUU